AUGUCGUUUUCAAUCACAGAGCUAGAUAAUACGGUUCGGGCCUUCUAUGAAGGGAAAGGUGAUGUUCAAAAACAAGCCGAAUAUGCCUUGACUGAGUUCAAGCAAAAUCCCGAUGCAUGGCUCGUCGUCGCAGACAUCCUUCAACAAUCCGGAUAUGUCUACACGAAAUAUCUCGGUUUACAGGUAUUGGAUGAUCUUAUCACGACAAGAUGGAAUAUCCUUCCGCUUGUGCAACGUCAAGGUAUCCGCAAUUUUAUCUGCGAAUGCAUCAUCGAGCAUUCCAAUACGGAGGAGAAACUAAAGAAUGAAAGGGCAUUCCUUAACAAGCUCAAUCUCGUGCUGGUAUCCAUAUUGAAACAGGAUUGGCCGGAUAACUGGCCGAAUUUCAUCAAAGAGAUCACCGAGGCAUCGCCUGCCAAUCUGUCUGUUUGUGAAAAUAACAUGGCCAUAUUCCGGCUGCUAUCGGAAGAAGUGUUCGAUUUCUCUCAGGACCAGAUGAUCUCCGAAAAGGCCAAGCGCCUGAAGACGGCGAUGUGCAAUGAAUUCCCUCUGAUUUUCAACCUCUUUUCCCAAAUUCUGGCAGAAGCGCACCAGAGCAGUCUCAUCAAAGCCACGUUAGAAACAUUACUUCGCUUUUUGAACUGGAUUCCGCUAGGAUAUGCCUUCGAUCAGAAGAUCAUCAGCAAAUUGCUUGAGAGGUUUUUGAUGGUGCCCGAUUUCAUGAACUUGACACUCAAGUGUCUAACAGAGAUUGGGAGUGUGCAAAUUGGGUCGCAGUAUCUAUUUGACGAGACGCUUGUGCAGAUGUUUACGAAUACAAUGGUGAAGGUAUCGGAAAUGAUCCCCUCGCCGAUGGAUCUCAAGCAAACAUAUGCCACAAGCAACUCUCGUGAACAAGAGUUUAUUCUGAAUUUAACCCUCUUCCUUUGUAACUUCUUCAGCGUUCACCUAAAUCUCCUCGAAAAACUACCCGAUACCAAUAUCCUCAUCCGUGCGCAUUAUUACCUUAUCUGCAUUAGCAAGAUCGAUGACAGGGAAAUUUUCAAGAUCUGCCUCGAGUACUGGACAAAGCUAGUGCAGGAAUUGUAUGAGGAAAUGCAACAGCUCCCGAUCACAGAUAUCAACCCCUUAGUCAAUAUGGGCGUCAGCGGCCUUUCGAAUGGAGGGGCUCCGAAUCCUAGCACCCUAGCCAACUACCCCCUCCGAAAACACAAAUAUCAGGAGGUCCUAUCAGAGCUGAGGGUAGUGAUGAUAGAGAAGAUGGUGAGGCCUGAGGAAGUUCUAAUCGUGGAAAAUGAUGAGGGUGAAAUUGUGCGUGAAUUCGUCAAAGAGAGUGACACCAUUCAACUCUACAAGACCACGCGGGAGUGUCUGGUAUACCUGACCCAUUUGGACGUGGUGGACACUGAAAACAUUAUGGCGGAUAAAUUGGCCAAGCAAGUGGACGGCUCCGAAUGGUCAUGGGCGAACUGCAAUACGCUGUGCUGGGCGAUCGGCUCCAUAUCCGGCGCGAUGAAUGAGGAGACCGAAAAACGCUUUCUCGUCACCGUUAUCAAAGACCUGCUUGGCCUGACGGAAAUGAAACGGGGCAAAGACAACAAGGCUGUCGUGGCGAGUAAUAUCAUGUACAUAGUUGGACAGUAUCCUCGGUUUUUAAAGGCGCAUUGGAAAUUUUUGAAGACGGUAGUGAACAAGCUGUUCGAGUUCAUGCAUGAGACGCAUGAAGGUGUCCAGGAUAUGGCCUGCGAUACGUUUAUCAAAAUUGCCAACAAGUGCAAGCGCCAUUUCGUCGCUCUUCAACCUGGCGAGAGCGAGCCGUUUAUCGAAGAAAUCGUCCGAACUAUGCGGAAAAUCACCUGCGACCUCUCCCCACAACAAAUUCAUACCUUCUACGAGGCCUGUGGCUAUAUGAUUUCAGCGCAGGGCCAGAAGAGCCUUCAAGAUCGGCUGAUUGAGAACCUUAUGGCGCUUCCGAAUUCAGCCUGGGAUGCGAUUAUCAGCCAAGCCACGCAGAAUCCAUCCAUUCUGGAAGAUCCGGAGACCAUCAAGAUUAUUGGUAAUAUUAUGAAGACGAACGUUGCCGCGUGUUCGUCAAUUGGGAGUUUCUUCGACUCACAGAUAGGCCGUAUCUAUCAUGAUAUGCUCAAUAUGUAUAGAGCGACAAGCCCACUUAUAUCUGAUGCUGUUGCGAGGGGUGGAGAAAAUGCCACAAAAAUGCCCAAGGUUCGGGGCCUGCGGACGAUCAAGAAGGAGAUCCUGAAGCUUAUAGGCACCUACGUGGAAAAGGCAGACGAUUUGGAAAUGGUUAAUACCAAUAUGGUACCUCCUUUGUUGGAUGCUGUCCUUGUGGAUUACAACAACAAUGUUCCCGAUGCUCGGGAAGCUGAGGUCCUCAACGUUAUGACAACCCUCAUCCACAAACUUCAUAAUCUUAUGGACGACAAAGUUCCCCUUAUCAUGGAAUGUGUAUUCGCAUGUACGCAAGCAAUGCUGGACGCCGACUCCCACAAAUAUCCCGAACACUACGUGGAGCACUUCAAGCUCCUCCAGGCCAUUAAUCUUUACUGUUUCCCCUCCCUCAUACGACUCAGCGAAAACCAAUUCAAGUAUGUAAUCGAAUCGGUCGAGAAGGCGAGCAAGCAUGAUGACAGAGAGGUGGAAAAUACCGCCUUGACAAUAUUCCUUGAGCUGGUGAAUAAUAUGACCGAAACGGACCCUCAAAUAUCGAGCCAUUUCUUCAAGCAAUUUUACAUGCCUAUCCUUCAAAAUGUCUUUGCCGUUCUUACUGAUAGUAGUCAUAAAGCUGGGUUCAAAAACCAGGCUAUGCUUCUUUCUCGUAUGCUUUAUCUUGUCAAAAUCGACAAGAUCCCCGGGCGCAUACUUCCGGCGGAUGAAACGGACCAAAGUUCCAAUAGAGACCUCCUAACGGCAUAUUUGAAGAAGAAUCUUACGUUCCUGAAUCUAAAUCAAUCCCAAAUAGAUAAAUUCGUUGACGGCCUCUUUGAUUUCAACGACGAUUUCAACAAAUUCAAAACGCACCUUCGCGACUUCUUAAUCUCCCUAAAAGAAUUUGCUGGCGACAACGCCGAGUUAUAUGCCGAGGAGCGCGAGCAGGCGCUUCGAGACGCCAAGAUGGCCGAGCGGGAUCGGCAGAUGAAAGUUGGUGGACUGUUGAAGCCGGCUGAGAUGGAUCAGGAGGAGGAGUUGUGA